UAGAUAAAAGUAUUUUAAAAAGUAUACAUUUUAGUGUAUUUUUGUAGAGAUAGAAAACAGGAUUGAAAAUAAUUUUUUCGGAAUCUUGAAUGUGAUCAAACUGGUUAGGUUUAGGUUGAAUGGGAAUGAAAACAUUAGCUGCUUUAGUCUGUUGACUCAUAUAGGAAGACGUCGUUUCUUGCGAAACAUUUUCUAACAGUUCUACACAAUGUUUUCUACAGUACAGACAAGUUCAGGGCAGGCUAAUAAUCCAGGCCUUUAUGAAGAAGUAAAGUUAUAUCGAACAGCCCGAGAAAGAGAAAAAUAUGACAACAUGGCUGACCUGUAUGCAGUCAUUAACACCCUGCAGAGUCUAGAAAAGGCUUACAUAAGAGAUGCUGUUCUUCCAAAGGAGUACACUGCAACUUGUUCAAAGCUACUUGUGCAGUACAAAGCGGCAUUCAAGCAAGUACAGAGUGAUUUUCCAACAGUUGAAGAGUUCAUGAAAAAGUACAGGCUUGACUGUCCCGCAGCCCUUGAACGAAUCAAAGAGGGGCGUCCUAUAACUAUAAAGGAUGACAAAGGGAACACAAGCAAAUGCAUAGCAGACAUUGUUUCGCUAUUCAUUACUAUCAUGGACAAGUUGAGGCUAGAGAUACGAGCAAUGGACGAGAUCCAUCCAGAUCUUCGAGAAUUAAUGGAAACCAUGAACAGAAUGAGCAUUUUACCUGCAAAUUUUGAAGGUCGCAGCAAAGUUCAGAAAUGGCUGGACACACUGGGUAGCAUGCAAGCCUCAGAAGAACUGGAUGAUGGUCAAGUUCGUCAGAUGCUCUUUGACCUUGAAUCAUCUUAUAAUGCUUUCAACAAUGUGCUACAUGACAACUGAUCAUUAACUUUGCUUUUGUUUCUUUUGUGUUAAAUUUGCUGACUUUUUUGAACUACUUUAUUGCAGCUACAGAUACGAAUGUGCUAUUGAUAUAAAGGGAAAGAAAAAAAUCAUUGGUGAAUUUCUAUAUUUGCAAAGUUUACAGUUGAUGACAUUGAUGGAUUUUUUGGGUUCAAAAAUGUGUUUUUAUGUUGUACCUUUAUUGAUCAUUUUAUUAAAAUAGUGUUGCAGAAAUAAAUGGUAGAGCUAGAAGACAAUGGUAAUUUUAACUGCACGUGUAUCUUUUCAGGUCUUUAUCACAAUUUAUCUAUGUUAGUGGCUUUCAAACAGGCAAUCCCAUCUUAUGUUUUUGCUCUAACCUUAUGCUAUCAUUAUAGUUGAAAUGGUCUCUGUUAUUUAUAUUGUAAAUAUGGUUUAAAAAGAGGAAGAAUUCCAUAAUAUAAUUAUUAUAAUCA